AUUUUUGUUCACAAAAUAUCCCCCUAGGCGGUAUGUUCUGUGUGUUUUGCCUUUUUGGUUAUGUCGCUGCAGAGCUCACACGUUGGUUUUUCAUUAGGUUAAACACUCAGUUGAAAAUGGGAAAAAUUGAGCUUUUCCAAGAGGAGUCGGACUCUGAAUACGAACUAAACGUAAACAAUGCGUACGCCAAAAACUACGACGUAUGGAGAAAGAAGGAGGAGCUCCAUAAGUUGCAGGCGAGAUAUGGAGAAGGAGUUCUGGACGACAGCGAUUCAUCCAGCUCCUCUGAAGAUGAAGAGGUGACAUUCAACGAAGAGGAUGAUAAGGCCUUCUUCAAGACACUUGCCUGUCUGAGGAGCAACGAUCCGAGAAUCUACGACAAAAACUACCAUUUCUUCAAAGACCGGCAAGCUGAUGCUGCUAAAGGGAAAGCAGUGAAAGAGAAACCGCUAUAUCCCAAGGACUACCAGAGGAAAAUGCUUUUGGAACACGGCCCUAAUUUAAGCGACGAAGAAAUUGAGCCUGAAGCUGGGCCAUCGUAUGUUGAGGAGCAGGAGCAGCUCAAGAAAAAAAUAAUUGAAGUGGCCAAGCUUGACGAUGAUGAAGAAGAUGAAGCUGGACUGGGUGGCUUGUUGCAGAUAAGGAGGAAAACGAAGCAAGAGCAAAAGGAAACUGAAGAGGAAUACAGACAGUGGCUGAAAGGACAAACCGAAGACAUUCAAGAUGAGGAAACCAAAGCCGAAUUGAAGCCGCUCAGGGACUUUUGGAAUCACCCAGAGUUAGAUGAAGACGAGAAAUAUCUGAGAGACUAUUUCCUAAAUAAAAGAUACUUGGAGGAAGAUAGGGGCGACCACAUUCCCACAUAUGAAGAAAUUGUGAACCCCAUCGAUGAAACCGAGCUUGAGAAGCAGGAAGAAUUCGAGCACAAAUUCAAUUUCAGAUUCGAAGAGCCCGAUCAGGACUUUAUAAAAAGGUACCCAAGGACUAUCGAAAACUCGAUCAGGCGCACGGACGAUAAGAGGAAAGCGAAACGGGCUGAGACCAAGGAGAGGAAGAAAAGGGAGAAGGAGGAAAAAAUGGCCGAAAUUAAAAAGAUGCAGGAAUUAAAGAGGAAGGAAAUUGAAGAAAAACUACAGAAAUUGAAGGAGGUCACAGGAGCCACAGAUCUAGCCUUUGGGGAUGAAGAUGUGGACGGAGAAUUUGAUCCUGAAGCUCAUGACAAGCGAAUGCAGUCGCUGUUUAACGACGAGUUUUAUCAGGGCCAAGAGACUGACGAGAAGCCCGAAUUUCCAGAUAUUGACAAAGAACUGGAGAUUGAAAACUGGUCCCGUUGGCAAAACGAAGAAAAGAGCGAAGUCUCGCCCCACUGUGAAGACGACAACUUCAAUAUGGACGCCGAUUACGAUCCUGCCACGGUUUCUAAGCAGGAGGCGGCCGACGGCAGCAAAGGCAAACGGAAAAGGAAGAAAAAGUCGAAAGUGGCUGAAGCUUUAAGCCGCCCAAAGCCAAAAUUCGAUCCCAACGAAAAGGAGUAUGAAAAGUACUUUGACGAGUACUACAAACUGGACUGCGAAGAUAUCAUCGGCGACCUUCCAUGCCGGUUUAAAUACCGCGAAGUUAUCCCCAAUGACUUUGGAUUAACUGUGGAAGAGAUACUUCUAGCUAAUGACAAGGAGCUGAACAAAUGGUGUUCCAUCAAAAAAACCGUACAGCGUCGCCCUGAUAGUAUUGAGAAAUAUGAACAAAUGGCCUAUUCCAACAAGGGCAAGAACAUUGAACUGAAAAAACGGAUUUUGCCCAGUUUGUUUGUGGAAGAACCAACCGAAGAAAACAACUGCAAGGAAGCCGUAGAAAAAGAAGCAACAAAUAGCAACAAUAAUGCGCCCAAUGGAAAGAAACCGGACACAAUGGAACCGAACGCUUGGCAAAGCUCUAAUGGCACAACCGACCCACCAGUGAAGGGGCGGAAAAAGAAGUUGCAAAAAUCUGAAUCAGAAAAUCCUACAAAGGAUGAAACAGAAGCGGUUCAAAGCAACAAGCGCAAAAAGAAAAAGAAUUCUGGGCCUUUGCCCAGUUUGGUUGCGGAUGAACUAACGGAAGAAAACGAGAUGGGAAUUAAAAAAAAUAAGAGCGGCGGAACAAUGCAACUUAAUGCAUUACAAAGCUCUAAUGGCACACCCGAUCGACCAGUGAAAGGACGGAAAAGAAAAUUGCAAAAAUCUGAAGUCGAAGCCGUUUCAAAAUCUAGCCUGAAAGCAGAAAACCCUACAAAUGAUGAAACAGAAGCGACUCAAAGCAAGAAGCGCAAGAAGAAAGAUAAUGCUGGGAAACGCAGUUUGGUUGCCGCGUCAAUUAAAUUAACUGAAGAAACCGAGACGGAAAUCCGAAAAAAAGACGCAUCUAAUAAAAAGAAUGAGAGCAGCGAAACGAACGGCGGAACAGUGGAACUUAAUGCUUUACAAAGCUCUAAUGGCACAACCGAUCCACCAGUAAAGGGACGGAAAAAGAAAUUGCAAAAAUCGGAGAGCACGACAGCAGAAGAAAUGGUAAAAUCUGAGCCAGAAGGCCCAGGUAAGAAACGCAAGAAGAAAAAUAAAGCCAAAAAGAGCGCUGGCAAGGACGAAUCAAUAAUCAGCAGCAAAAAGAACCGGAAAAGAUCACUAAACGAUUCAGAGGCCAGGCAAGGGGGCAAACGAUCGAAAGGCAACAAGCCAAGCUCGCUUGAAAGCAGUAUAUCUGAUGCCAGACUUGCAGCUUUUGGCAUUAAUGCGAAGAAAUAUAGAAAUAAACUCAAGUAUGGGAAGAAUCCUUCAAGUUAAGUGGACAGUUACUAUAAAGAAAGUGUUGAAAGUGUACAUGCAUGUUUUCUAUUUUUAAUAAUUGGGUCAAUACAUGUACAGUAUAGCAAACAUUAGCUGAAAUCGUAUGUUCAUUUUUGAAUCAGCAAGAUAAUAAAUAGCCAAAACGCCUUUACGGUGAAUUGGAUAUAUCCAUA